GGCUUUGAACUGUGAUCCUUCUGCCUCAGCUCCUUAAUCACUAGGAUUACAGGCAUCUACCACCAAGCCCAGCUAAAUAUUCAUUUUUACUGUGAAUUAUAUUGUUUGUUUUUUCAGUUUUCUAUGAGUUCUAUUAUUGUGACAGGGGGGAAUUUGUUUUUUCCCUUUUUUUUUCAGAUUUGGAGUCUAGGUAUGAGACAGAGAUUUUAUCUGUAAGAAAGGAUGUUUUGGAAAACAGUGGUUCUCAGUUGGAAGUUACAGAAAAUAGCAAUCUCAUUGACUUCAAAAGCUCCAUUUUCAGAAAUGACUGGCAAAGCAAAAACAAGAUUGAAGUAAAAGGACCUGGAUGGAGAUGUUUCAAUAAGAUGAAAAUCAUCUCUGGCAAACAGCCCAAUUAUAAGAAUUAUAAAUAUCUUACAUUACCUCAGAGAAUGCUUGGUGGUGCAAAGCCCUAUGAAUAUAAGGAAUGUGGGCAAGUGUUCAGUUGUGACUCAAACUUUGAUAACUAUCAGAGAAUAAUACAUACUGAUGAGAAAACCUAUGAAUGUAAUGGAUGCUGGAAAAACUCUGGGAUGGAUAAUUCACAUAUACUACAAUUGAAUAUUCAUACUGGAGUGAAGCCUUGUAAAUAUAUGGAACAUGGGAAUAAACUUAGUUUCUAUGAAGAUCUUAGUCUUUACCAAAAAAAAUUUAUAGCAUUGGGAAGUUCUAUAAGUGUAAGGCAUAUGGGAGGAUCUUUAGAAAUGUUGGAGAAAUUACUCCCAUUCAUAGAAUUUGUGAUGGUGAAAAGCCCUAUGAAUGUACAUUCUGUGGGAAAUCCUUUAGGGUGUAUGCACAACUUAUUCAACAUCAGAAAAUUCAUACUGAUGAGAAACCUUACAAAUGUAUGGAAUGUGGCAAGGACUUUAGAUUUCAUUCACAGCUUACUGAACAUCAGAGAAUUCAUACUGGUGAGAAACCAUACAAAUGUAUCCACUGUGAGAAGGUUUUUAGAAUUAGUUCACAACUCAUUGAACAUCAGAGAAUUCACACUGGUGAGAAACCUUAUGCAUGCAAGGAAUGUGGGAAGGCUUUUGGAAUCUGUAGAGAACUUGCUCGACAUCAGAGAAUUCAUACAGGUAAGAAACCCUAUGAAUGUAAGUCAUGUGGAAAGGUCUUCAGAAAUAGUUCAUCCCUGACUAGGCAUCAGAGAAUCCAUACUGGUGAGAAACCCUAUAAAUGUAAAGAAUGUGAGAAAGCUUUUGGAGUAGGCAGUGAACUUACCCGACAUUAGCGAAUUCACAGUGGUCAGAAACCUUAUGAAUGUAAGGAGUGUGGUAAGUUCUUCAGACUUACUUCAGCCCUUAUUCAACAUCAGAGAAUUCCCAGUGGUGAAAAACCCUAUGAAUGUAAGAUCUGUGGGAAGGCCUUUAGACAUAGUUCAGCCCUUACUGAACUUCAGAGAAUUCAUACUGGAGAGAAACCUUAUGAAUGCAAGGCAUGUGGGAAGGCCUUUAGACAUAGUUCAUCUUUUACAAAACAUCAGAGAAUUCAUGGUGCUGAGAAACCCUAUGAAUGUAAGGAAUGCAGGAAUGCCUUUAGUGUGGGUGAGAAUAUUACUUGAAAAAUUUCUACUAUUUUUUAAUGAAAUGAGUAUUUAUUUGAAUGAAAUGAGUAUGUGAGGGCCUUUUCCUUGUGAUUUUCACUGGAAAAAAAUUUGAGGAUAUAAAAUAUAAUCAAGGAUGAUUCAUAUCCCUCUCCUUUUACAGUCUGUUCCCAGACUUCAUGGUCAUUCUGUGUUUCAAAAAAGUUUUCAAUCAUUGGUGACAUGUAUACCUUUAUAAUUUUGUUAAAUACUGCCAAAAAUUUCUGUUUUUAUAUUAAUAGUCUCAUUCUUUAUUGACUCAUGAUGGUCUCUUCAUCAUUUCUGAAAUUUGUGGAAUACAUGUUCAUCUAAUAAUUAGUGGUUUCAGUUAAUUUUGUGAGUUUCUUGUCCAUAUAUUUUCUCUUAAUUGCUUUUGGUGUUUAUGUUUUCAUUGUUUUGUCAUUUUUAUCAUUUGUAAUAUUAAUAAAAUAUCCUUUUUGUGUUAUAAUUAUUUGCUUCUCUAUCUGAUAUAUUUUUCUUCAUCUACACAGAUAGAGCUCCCAGUUAAAUAAAACAUAGUUUUAAAGUCUAUGACCCUGCCUUGUUAAAUUUUCUUUUUGUUUCUAUUGCUUUUUAUUUAUAGAUGUGUAACCACCUCUCCAUUUUCAUCAGUUGUUUGAUUUAUUUUUAAAUUUCUAUUUUGUUUUGACACAGCAGAUUCCUUUAAAUAUCUAUCAUAAAACAAUUCUAUUAAGGAGCCUUUUAUCUCUAGGUGGUACCAGCCAGGAUUAAAGUGAAAGGAACAUCUUGAUAUAUUUGAUGAAAAUUACUAAGCUAGCCUUUUUUUCUUAUUUGGGGGGGUGAGUACGGGGAAUUGAACUUAGGCAUUUGACCAUAUCCCCAGCCCUAUUUUGUAUUUUAUUUAGAGACAUGGUCUCAACUGAGUUGCUUAGCACCUUGCUUUUGUGGAGGCUGGCUUUGAACUCUCCAUCCUCCUGCCUCAGUCUCUCGAGUUGCUGAGAUUACAGGUGUGUGCCACCAUGCCUAGGUCUAAACUAGUCUUUUAAACUUGUUUAGCACCCUUAACUACUGCAGUGUCUAUAAUCUGAUCACUGAACUUAAAUUAAGGUUUACAAGUAUAUAUUACCAUGGUUUCAAUUGUUUUUGUGUAGAUCCUUUCUUUUUAUUUCCUCUCAGAAUUACCAGAGUUCAAUAAUCAGUAUUUUGGGGCUAGGGGAGUAGAUCAGAGGUAGAGCUCAUACUUAGCAUGCUGAGGCCCUGGAUUCAAAUUCCAGCACCAACAAAUAAACAAAUGAGUUAAAUAGUAUACCUUUCUUUUUUUAGGGUCUUUCUUAAAAAAUAUUUUUAUUUGUAAAGGGACGCAAUACCUUUAUUUUAUUUACUUACUUUUUAUUUAGUAUUGAGGUUCGAACCCAGUGCCUCACACAUGCUGGGCAAGUACACUACCACUGAGCUAUAAGUAGAAUUCCAGCCCUAUUUUAGUAAUCUUACAUGACCCAAAUUGUCUGUUUGACAAUUGACAAAGUUAUGCAAUCAAAUGAGAUCAUGAGUCACUGGUUUUUAGAUUUUUUUUAAGAAGAAAAUUUAACCAUUAUAUUUAGAUAACUUUAUGUCACCAUUAUUCAUUAGAUUUUCAAUUGACAUGUUUCCCAGACCUUGGGUACUUUUCAAAGUUUCACAUGAUCACCAGUAGUAAUAACUUUCUCAUUGGAUAUGUUAAGCUAUGUUUUCUGUAAGUAUUUCUUUAUGAGUAUUUUAUACAUGUUUUUUUGUACAUGUAGUUGGUGGCUAGUUUAUGUCCUACACAGUAAGAAAAUGAGUCUGUGAUGUACUUCGGUAUUACGGUAAUUUUCUACUUUGUAUCUUUGAAAAGAGUGAACACUAUUUAUUGAAUUACUGUGUGACCACCACUACUGAUUUACUCUUGGAUUUUAUUCUCCGUGGUCAUUCUGAGUUAAUAUCCAGGCUGCUUAAUUUUUUGGGCAUAGUACUCUAGGACUACUUGUCAUGUAUUCCUUUGUGUAUGAGUUUUUCAUUUCCAAAUUAAGGAAAUGAAAGCAAUGAGCUAUAUAAACUGUAUAUAGACAUAAAAUUGAUGGUAGAAACAAAAUAGCCAUUAAAUUUCUUGGCAUUUAAUUUUUGAAGUCCCUCUUGAAUAAAUGACAAGUGAAUGAGUGAAAUGUAUCCUUGUUGUAUUUCCCUUAUUUUUUAAUUAUAGCCACAUUUUUAUCAUAUAUUAACAUUUUUCUUUGAAUUUUAUACGAACCCUAAAAGCCAAUAAAACUGAUGCUGUUUGUGUUCAUUAUUGUCCUUGUUUUUACUGUAGUUUGGUGCUCAAAAAUAUGAAACUUCACCAUUUGUUUCCAUUUUCAUUUGUCCCUUUAUCCUUUCUGAAUUUUCCUUAUUCUACAUUUAAACUUUAUGUUUGUUCAAAUUCAAGAUGAUACUUUCCAAUUUAUUGCUGUCCUGAACUUAUCUAUUCCUAAGAAAGUAAUCCCACUUCUGUUUACUGGUGAAUAGCAUUAAACUAGUAUGUAUGUAAGGGAUGCAUGGAGAGUUUGUGGUUGUGAUUGCUUCGCCACAUUCCUGCCCUAACCUGCAGUGUGGCUGUAUUUGGAGAUAGGCCUUUUAGAAUGUAACCAAGGUUGAAUAAAGACAUAAAUAAUUGAUCUUGAUCUAAAAUGGAUGGUGAUCUUCUGCGUGAAGAUAGUGACCUUCUAAGGGACAUCUCACUUUGCAUGCUCACACACCAAGGAAAGGCCACAUGAGAACAAAAGAAGACGGGCAUCUACAAGCCAAGAAGAAAGCCCUCACCAGGAACUGAAUCUACUAGCACCUUGAUUGUGGACUUCACAACCUCCAGAACUGUAAGAAAAUACUUAUCUGUUAUUUAAGUCGUAUAGUGUAUAAGACUUUGCUAUGGCAUCUCAAACAGACUAACAAAAGGUUUUGGUAAUCAGAACUAGGGUAUUGCUAUUACAAGUGCCUAAAAAUGCAGAAGCUAAGCUUUGGAAAUAGGUAAUGGGCAGAGAGUCUGGAAAAGUUCUAAGACUAAUGGUAGAUUGAUUUUCAUUCAAAAAAUUAUUGAUAGAUAAUAUUUGAUACUAUUAUAUUACUCCCUGUUUACUAGUUAUUUUGUAGAUCUUUUUGUUCCUUUCUUUGUCCUCCUUUAUGGUUAAGUGGUUUCUCUAUCAGUAGGUUUUUAUUCCUGACUUUUUGUUUUUAAUGUAUCAAAAUUUUUUUUUAUCUUGGGAUAGUCUUAUUGGGUUGAAUCUGAUUGGUGAACUUUGGCCUUCCUAUACUAGAUACCUGAUAUUUGUAUCUUUUUACAGGUUUGGAAAGUUUUCUGUUAAUCUUUAAAAUAAACAUUCUACCACUUUGUCA